GUGGCGGCGGCAACGGCAGCGCUUUUGGCAUCCCAGCACGCGCUCCACUGGCCAGUUCUCGUCUGAAAAGCAUCGCGUACGGUCACGAAAAGAAUCUGAAGCGCAAAGUUAACGACCUACCUCCGACAGCACCAAAACCAAAUCAAACAGCAACAGAAACAGCCCAUAAACCAACACAGAAAGUACAAAAUCAAAUCAAAAGCAAAAGCAAAAGCAAUCAACAUGAUUAAGGCGAGAGAUUCGACGUGGCUGUUGCUCAUUUGUCUGUUAAUUGGACAAUUUUAUGUUCGCUGUCAUGGCUCGCCCAUUGAGGAGGAAACAGACUACCAGGGCGAUGACUACGACUAUGGCGAUACGGAUGGUGACGAUGGUGAUAAUUUAGAAGGAGCAGAUCCCCCCGAAAGCCAAGAUCUGUCCGGUUCUCCGCCAUACUUUGACCAAACCGAACUGAGGAUCGAGGCCAAGCCGGGCGAUGAUGUGACCCUCAAUUGUGAUGCACGCAAUUUCCAGAUCAACAACGCGGUGAUGUGGUACAAGGGCACGACGAUCAUUGCGAAUGGCCAGAAUUCGGUCAGCAACCGCGUGGAGGGCAUGAAGAACAACUCGAUCCUGUUGAGGGGUGUCACGUCUGACGACUCAGGCGAAUAUAAUUGUGCCAUACUUCCGCAGAACGUUCGACAGAUAACGACACUGAGGGUGGGCGCCCGGCUGUCGAUCCUCUGCGACGAUCGCGAUGUUACGGAUCGCUCGCAGACGUUCAGGCAGGGCGACCACCACAAACUCGAGUGUCGAACGUACCUGUCCGCAGAGACCAGCAUCAAGUGGUCGUUUAAUGGUCAGCGUGUGGAGUCAUCCCCCGAGGACACGGCCGAUGGGAUCAUUGUGCUGGAUAACGUAGACGAGAUGAACGCAGGCGUGUAUCAGUGCCUCGGCGACGAUGGGAGCCGCGAUCCGCCUCACGGCAUGGUCACCAUCGAUGUCCACUAUAGCCCUAAGGUCUCCACGCACCGGCACCACGUGAACACGGAGCAUGGCGGCACUGCCGAGAUGUACUGCAACUAUCGCGCCAAUCCUAUUGCCAUCAGCUUCUUCAUCAAGGAUGGCAAGACGCUGCAGCUGUCCGAGAAGUAUUCGAUCAAGAACUCCUUCCACAACGGCCACAAUCGUACCACACUAAUUGUCAAGGAUGUGGAUGUCGGUGACCUGGGCGAGUAUCUGUGCCACGUGGAGAACGCCAUUGGCUCAAACGAGGCAAAGAUUCACCUCAGCUAUGACCCGGAGACGCCGCAAUUCGAGGACAUGACCAUCGACGGCACUAAGGUCACCAUGCACUGGCUGGUGCGCAGUCUACAGCCUCUGUCCGAGGCCAUGCUCGACUACAAGCUGACAGGGUCGUACACUUGGAGCACUGUUUCGGUUCUGCAGACGCAGCGACAUAAUCAGACGGGAGGCAUCUGGAAGAUCACGCAUCAGCUGGAUCUGCCGGCACGAGGCCUUUGGCAUGCCCGCGUCAAGACGAGGAACACCCAGGGCUGGUCCAACUUCUCGCCAGAUCAUGAUUUCCGCCUAGCGGACGAUGAGGCAUCCAAUGAGCUUAUCGAUAUGAAUCUUCCACCAGACCAGAUCAUGCGCGCCGGCAUCGGGGGCUCAGUGGGAGGUGGAGCAGCAUCAGCGUUACAGCAGUUGCCUGCUGGCUCGUUCUUCUUGGCAGGUCUCAGCGUGCUCUGGCUGCGGCUCUAAGGGGUGCCGCCACUCUGGGCCAUCCGGUGGACUGUACAUACGUAUUUCCGGAUCACUUAGCUGGCGAAAGCAGCGAAAGAAAACAGCAUACACACACGCACACACGAAACGCAAAUAGGAAAAGAAACUAAAGUAUUCUAAUUAUACAAAAUGCUAAUGCGCGCUGAUCCACCAUUGCUUGGGGUCAAUGUUAAUGCUAAUCCCCAUAUUAUAAUGCACGCUGGAGCGAUCGCCACUGAAACAUUUGUGCCAAGCAGAGGAUGGAAUCAAAAAUGGGAGGACUACGAGCGAAUUAAAGUUAAUUUAGUUUAGUUAAAGUAAAAGAGUAGAAAGUGGAUGGGAAGUGGAUGUGAAUGUGGAUAUGGAUAAGGAAAGAAAUCUGCGAAGAUCGGUUAAAAACCGCCCAAAAAGGAUUAACUUUGGAUUAACCUUAGCUGUAAUAUUUAUUUUUUUUUUUUUUUGUAUGCUGUACGAGUAUGCAUGUGAGUGGUGGCAGUGAGGACGAGAGGGAGAAACUUCCUUGUUACCUGAAUCCGAACCGUAAAACGAAUAUAAAACGAAAGCCCACUUUUUGGGGAGCGCUCACGCUGGUAUAGAUGUACGGUGUGUACCUCCUCCAUGGAUCUAGUCCAGUGUGAGCAGGUCGUCCCUUCCCAGGCGGUGGGUCAUAGUGUAGAUCAAAAAUGGGUAAAGAUCUAGUGAAUUUUUAGGAUUUGCCAUAUGUACACACAAUAUUUUUGGAUAGCCAAGCGUACUUACAGCAUUUUUGAGAGCGAAUCAGUGGGUGACGGGUGACCGGAGGUCUAGAACGAGAACGAAAAGGGGAGGCAGGGAGGCGGGUAGAGAUCUAUC